AUGAAAAUUUACCAAAGAUCACAAGUUUGUAUUGAUAAUUAUCUUGUAUAUCAUCCAUUACCAGUACCACCAUCAUCUUUACUACUACCAAUACCGCCACCAUUAUUGUCACCAUCUUUACCACCACCAUCAUCUUCUUCUUCAUCUUUAUCAAAUAGUUUUCAACAACAUAUACCAAUUUUUAGGAAUGGAAAUUGGAAUUGUAUAUUUUAA